AUGGCACCAGCAGACGACUUCGCCCCGGCCGGGUCUCAAGGGACAGGAACCAACAAACGCCCUCGUCCAUCCACAGGCGCCCCGUCCGGGUCUCAAACAGGUACACCUGCCGCGCAGGGUGCGGACUACACCGCAAGCGGGCCGAGAACGAAGCGCAAGAAGCCAGAUAAUGGGAUUGGAGGGGCGAAUGAGGUGGCUCCUUCGAGAGCGGCGGGGAGGGGGCGGGGGAAGGCGGCUGCUCAAGGGGACGAUAGGGAUAAGGACGAUGAGGGGGAGGUAGGGGAUGGUGAGAUUGUGACGAAGAUCGACUUUAAGACCCUUCCGCCAGAAACGCUGUAUCGAUAUCUGGAACAGCACGAGCUACUACCGAAAUGGCCUAUAUCUCCAUGGAGUGAGGAGCCAGUGACACAACCCCACAUGCUCUACGCCCCCGUACUCCGCCAAGCACCCGCUUCUCCCCCACCUACCGCCCCCACCCCCGCGGGCGAAACCGACCGCUCCACCUCCCUCGCACCCGGCCUUGAUCCGAAUCGCGCAUCCGAAGAUCCCCAAAGUGCUCUAGGCGACGGGGGAGCCGGAUCCAUCCUCGGCCUAGGUCCCGAAGACGAGUCCGCACCCGCACCCACCACGCGCUCGAAAACCGCGCCGGGCCGUAAAGCACCCACACCGCCUCCUGUCAUUCCGGGCCCCGAGUACCGCACGCGCGUCAUGACGCUGAGUGAUGUGAUUGCUGCGAGGGAUGUGUUGGCGGAGAAGGCGAAUGUUCAUUGGGCGAAGGGGCUCGGAGGGGGACAAAACAAGGAGAGCGAGACUAUUGUGAAUUUCUUGUACAAGAAUAAGGUCGGGGCAGGUCGUCUCUUGAGGGUGUACAAUCCCGCGUACCCGGCUUAUGGCCAUCAUCACACCGCCUGA